UGAAAUGUGGAGACCUGCAGCUUAGUGGUAAUGACCAGAAACAAAAGAAGCCUGUCUGUAUUGUACAGUAACCUAAUAAGUGACUGACUGAUGUAUGAGAAGGGGGUAGAUCUUGUCUCACAUCUCAUAGAUUACCUUUAGAUGAAAUGCCAAACUGAUAUUAGGGUGAAGUGUGCUUACAUUUGUAGUACUAUGUGAGGAUUAUCCACUUAGCUAAUCCAAAGAUGCUUUGGAUAGUUGGGUGGUCCACUGUAUUCCAGGCCACUGCUGAUGACAGCACAGCCAGCCUAGCUGAUCGACAGGAGCUGGGGACAGGGAGUCAUCCAUCGCAGCUCCUGUUAACCCUGCAAGGCAAACCCUUAACAUGUAGUAGGGGGGUCCCAGCUGUAUGAACAGCAGGAAAGCUUGCCGGACAGCAAUAUCAAUGGCUGAAGUGUGACCAGCUAGCAUGGAUGAUUAUGUGAAGAUAGAGAAAAUUGGUGAAGGUACCUAUGGAGUUGUUUACAAAGGACGUCAUAAAAUCACUCACCAAAUAGUAGCCAUGAAGAAAAUACGAUUGGAGAGUGAGGAGGAAGGUGUCCCCAGCACUGCAAUCAGAGAAAUAUCGCUUUUAAAGGAACUAAAACAUCCCAACAUAGUCUGCCUUCAAGAUGUUCUAAUGCAGGAUGCUCGGUUGUACCUUAUAUUUGAAUUCCUUUCUAUGGAUCUCAAAAAAUAUUUGGAUUCCUUACCUGCUGGUCAGUUGAUGGACCAAAUGCUAGUUAAGAGUUACCUAUACCAAAUUCUACAAGGAAUUGCCUUCUGUCACUCAAGAAGAGUCCUGCACAGAGAUUUGAAGCCUCAAAACUUACUGAUAGAUAGUAAAGGGGUUAUUAAGUUGGCUGACUUUGGACUUGCCCGUGCCUUUGGUGUUCCUGUGAGAGUCUACACUCAUGAAGUUGUGACACUGUGGUAUCGAGCUCCUGAAGUACUACUGGGUUCUGCUCGUUAUUCUACUCCUGUGGACGUCUGGAGUAUUGGCACAAUAUUUGCAGAAAUGUCUACAAAAAGACCUCUCUUCCACGGAGAUUCUGAAAUUGAUCAACUCUUCAGGAUUUUCAGGACACUAGGAACACCAAAUAAUGAUGUGUGGCCAGAGGUUGAGGCGUUGCCAGAUUUCAAAAAUACUUUCCCCAAGUGGAAACCAGGUACCUUGUCGCAAGUUAAAAAUCUUGAUAUCAACGGCAUUGACAUUCUGUCGAAAACAUUGAUUUAUGAUCCUGCCAAAAGAAUUUCAGCAAAACAAGCUCUCAAUCACCCAUAUUUUGAUGACUUGGAUAAGACGAAUCUUCCUGCCAACCUGCAAAAGAACUAAUUUGGUUUGAGCUUAUUGAAAGAUGAUUACGUGUCUACUUAGCAGUUAAACUGUGUGCAGUUGUUAAACACAUCAAGACCAUUGAUUUUUAUUGCAACUAUUGUAUUCAAGUUCUGUAGAUUUGUUUGUUUAUAUACAUGUUGUCUUCUUUUGCACACCUAUACCAUGUAGUUGCAACAUACUGAACUGUACUUUGUUUCUGUACCUUAUAAUUCUCAUUGUAAAUAUAAAUAAAAGGCCUAACUACACCAUGUGGAUUAAUGUUCUAAUAAAGUAUGCUCUGAACGU